AAUUGCAAUCUGCGAGCAACAAACCGUUUUAAGCUAAUUUCCAUUUCUCCUAUCUUUACUUUAUAGAGUUUACUUGGAUCGCAAGCGAUGUUUGGGCAACUUCAACGGCGAUUUCUAGCAGGAACUAUGGAAUUCUUGGAAAUGUAUUGGGUGUAGUACUUCAAACCCAUGAAAUACCCGGCUUCGUCCCGUAUCUGGCUUCUCUAAAUCCUACAGACCAUAGAUUUCAGAAUGAUACAUGGUUGAGAGAGAUCUGGGAGACGAACUUCCACUGCAGCUUUUCGGAUCCAAAUAAAACCAUUGCCGCCAAAUGCGCAUCGCACGACCUUAUGGACCUGGAGAGUGUCAGAGGGUACUCCCGGUCAUUCAGUCUCUACCACGUCUACUUAGCCGUCUACACAGCCGCCUAUACACUGAGAAGCAUAGAAGAAUGCACAACCCCUGGAGGACUACUAGCAGAAGGCAGAUGUCCGGAUCUAAACGACCUAGAACCCUGGCAACUCAUCAAUUACCUCAACCAGGUUAACUUCACGAAGCUCUCGGGCUCCAAGGACACUUCUCCAUAUCAUACGUUCAACGAAAAUGGAGAGAUGGCGGCGAACUUCUGCAUCGUUCACUGGCAGCGUCAGGGAGCGACAUCCGUGCCACCUGGGAGCGCCACCCGAUCCGAUAAUGUUUCCUCAUCAGCAAGUACUGAAGAGCAGACAGUGCGCUUCGUUGAGAUAGGUCGGUUUGACGUGCAACCCAACGGGGAGGGCGCUUUGACGUUGGAUCGAACACUUAUCGACUGGCACCACGACAUCAACGGGGGACAGCCCCCAGAGGGAGUGUGCCGAGCGGCUUGCCAACCUGGAUAUGUCAAGUCGACGAGAGAGGGCUCACCUCCCUGUUGUUUUGACUGUGAGGCUUGUCCGGUCGGCUCCAUCACAAACCAGACAGGUCGAACACACUGCAUCCAAUGUCCUGAAGGCGAAUGGUCGAACGAUGACCGGACAGCCUGUCUGCCCAAAUUCACUGACGUGCUGGUAUGGCAAGAUCCUGUUGCUAUUGUCUGCUUGGUCAUUUGCGGCAUCGGCGUGAUCUGUACCUUGGUAUCAUUAGGAAUCUUUAUUCACCACCAUGAUACAGCAGUAGUCCGUGCUUCAAAUCGUCCACUCAGCUACUGUCUUCUCUGUCUCCUCAUGCUGGGAUUCGUGGAACCCGUCCUCUACGUGGGCACGCCGACAAACUGGACCUGCAACUUUCGUAUCGCCCUACAUAGCGUCCUCAACGCUGCCAUCUUGGCUUUGUUUUUAGUCAAAACGAGACGAAUCUUGGCUGUCUUCGAUACCUCAUCAUGGCGAAAUGAAUCUCUUGUCAAGCGCGUGUUACGUAAUACAUCUGCCCAGGUCGUGCUCUUCAUCCUCCUCUGGGUCAUACAGGUUGCCGUGGUGACAGCUUACCUUUCUUUAGCGCCCUCUCGUGUUCAAGUCGAAUACAAUCUCUCUACAACCAAGGUCUAUAUCGUCUGCGAGAGUAACCUGUAUUGUUUUAUUGUCAUGUACAGCUACAUUGCGCUUAUUGCUAUCAUUUGCUUUGUCCUUUCGUUCAGCAAGAAAAUCCCCGAGAACUUUCACGAGACUCGUUACAUCACGGUCACCAUGAUGUUCUACAUUGUGAUUUGGAUCGUUUCCCUUCCCCUUUACUUUUCUAUCAAUGGCAGUCUGCAGUCGUUGCUGCAGAUGAUCACCACGUGGCUUUCCAAUGCAAUGAUUCUCGGGUUCAUGUUUGUUCCCAAGUGUUACAUCAUCCUGGCUCGACCAGAGACCAAUACGUCAAACAAUGUGAGAAGAAAAGCAUCAAAGUUUCCCGUCGGGGCGGAGUUCCAUAGCUCCCUCGGCAACAACGACGUCAUCCAUUAUAAAUCACGCACCAGGACGAUCACCACCUCCCACUAGUAGACAGCUAAAUAAAAACUCUUAACUUUUUUUUCUUCUCGAAUACGUGGUUUCAUAUUUAGCACGAAUCUGUGCUACUUCUAAACUUUACAGUUGCCAUGGAUCAAAGUCCUGGACAGUCACAAUGUAUUGAGUAUAUUCGGAGUAGAUUAUACUAUCUGAGUGCGACAACAAAUCGACUGUGGCAAUUCUCUGUUUGUUCCAUUUGUCGACUGAAGCCUGUGUACGAAGCUCUUCUCUCAUAACAUUUAACGAAAUAAUGAUAUAUGUCGUCUUCUAAUCUUUAUCUACACAUGCAGUAGCGUUCAUGAUAUAGUACUAAAGGUCUAUCCUUCGAGUAGUUGUCCAGUCUUAGCACGAAUCUUUCGCUGGUCUGUCUAGAAAUUUCAAGUUAUUUCAGGAUAUGUCCGUUAUUAGGACUGACCUGACGCGAUCUUCUCUGCAACAAUGAGUAGUAGUGGAAAAAACGAAUUAUUUACUAUAGGUCAAACGACAUGCAUGCACUUUGAAAUCUCCAUUUUCGAAUAGUAGUAUCGUUGCGACAAACAGCUCAUGACAUGGACACUAAAUAUGAAACAACCUCUCUACAGCAACAUAUUGUCUGACUGGAAAAUCAUUUAGUGCACCUGUAACAAAAGUCAAUUUGCUGGUAUGUAAAUGUAGAGCCACUGCUUUUAUUGUCUCCUCUUAAAAUAUACUGGACUUCCAUAAAGCAAAACAUAAUGUUAUCAUAGCAUGGCAGGAAAGAAUUCCACUGGCAUUUUCAUCUACUUUUAAAAGCACGCUUGUGCUUUGUUAAAUAAGUAAUGUAUUGGGGCAAUUGUUUUAUUCUGUUUAAAAUGAUGCAUUUCAACGAACUGUUUAUACCACUUUGAUGUUCAUUUUGACAGGGUAUUUGUAAUGUGCCUGUUUCUUUUUAACUGUGUUUGUCUUUUGACAUGGCGUUAAUCAUGAUUUGAAUGAAGAGUAUAACUGUACAAAAAAUAAUAUUUUACCAGUAUGUAAAUACUGGCGUAAUCUCCAGUGUCUAGCUUCCGAUAUCAAUCUAUGUACACGAUUUUUUAAGACUGCAAUCUUUAUCAUGCUCAACACCAAUAUUUGAUACCUAGAUUCUCUUUUAUCACGUCUAUUGAUUACAUGUACGCUUUUUAUUCUACGUAAUGAUGUCGUAAUCAAAACGCUUUAGGCAGGAAUGUUGUUAAAUUACAUUAUGUUAAUCUACAAGCAACAGUUUCAGUACAUGGCUCUUCAGAAGAAGAAAAAAACAUAGUUGAUUUCAGAGUCGCAUGGUCGCGUAUCAAAAGUACGACUAUUCUCCGAACGGGGCAUGCCUUAUGAUCAGGAAUUAAAAAUUAAUGAAAAUAAGUGUUGAUAAUGGCACCUAUGGCAUCCAUGGUAUGAAUAGUUCAUAAUGCUAUAUUCAUCUUCUUUAAAGGGGCAGGUUCUGGAUUGUUCGUAGCACAAACUGUGUUGACAAUGCGGAUAUUCACUAAAAGAUUAUUAAGUUCAACACACACAUCACUUUACGUUCUCAAAUAUCUAACCUCUAUGAGCGAUACCUAUACAUACAUGAGAUAUGAAGAAGAAAAAAAAUACAGUACUAGAGAUCUAAUGCAAAUUAAAUAUGUUUGUAUCAUUUAACACACGGUUGAAGUCACCAACACUUACAUGUUUGAAACAUACUGAUAUUUUUUUAUUAAAUAUAUAACUUGCAAAUUAAGUGUAUCUCGUGAAAAACCAAUAAGUACCAUGAUUGCUGUCGGUAUCUCAUUUAAUUUUAGCCACAGUUUUUAAUUUGCAAUCGUUAUUAGGGUUUAAAAAAUAUAGUAACACUAGUGAUAUUAUUUUCGAUACUACAUCCGCAAUGAGUAAUAUAUUUAGGCUUAAUGUUGUCUAAGAUUAGUGUUAAUUCAUUAUGGUUCUCGUUAUGAUAAUUAAUUGUAUGACAAAAAGAUCACUGGUCCGGGAAAAUGGGUCCUUCUUUCAAAAUUUGCAAAAUUGUGGAAUGGUGAGCCCUUUCGAGAAACAUGACCCAAAAUGUCCCCUAUUAAUGGGUAGGGGUUUCGACGCUUGAGCGGCACACCCCCGUCCAAACCAAAUCGUAGUAUCCCCCGGGGCUAGAUCCUAAUGUGUAUCCAAUGUUAUUGUUGCUUAUGGUUGAUUCAGUAUUAUUUUAUUUAAUAUCAUUAACAUACACAUAUGCAUAAACAAAAUGCACAGCUGCGUAAUAUUACUGUACCUCUUACUACUACUACU